GAGGUGGUGAAACUGGAGGGGAGGCUGGUGGUGGUGAAGCUGGAGGAGAGGCUGAUGGUGGUGAUGGCGGAGGAGAAGAGACUACUGGUGGUGGUGAUGGUGUUACAGCCGGUGGAGGAGAGGAGACAACUGGCGGAGGUGAUGGCGUUACAAGCGGCGGAGGUGAAGGUGUUACAAGCGGCGGAGGUGAUGGUGUUACUGUUGGAGGUGAAGGGACGAGUGGUGGCGGCGACGGGAUAAGUGGUGGUGGUAUAACUUGUGGCGGAGGACGGAGGGGCGGAGUACGGAGGCGAGGUGAAGGAGAAGGCCGGGUGGGUGGCUGA